CUUACAAACAAUAAAGAGGAUGGGGUCAAGAGAUAGAAUUUAAUCCACGAGCGCUCGGGAGAGAAGAAAUGGAGCACGGAGGUGGUGGUUUUUUGGAGCAUAGUUCUCUGGAGCAAACUCCAACUUGGGCUGUCGCUGGAGUGUGCACAGUCUUCGUUCUCCUCUCGCUGCUGCUCGAGAGGGGAAUUCACCAGUGUGGAAAGAGAUUGAAGAAGAAGAACCAAAAGCCUCUAAGUCAAGCUCUCGAGAAGAUGAAAGAAGAACUGAUGCUUAUGGGAUUUAUAUCUCUUCUCUUGAGUGUCUUUCAACCUUUGGUUUCCGAGCUAUGCAUUCCUAGAAGCCUUCUCAAACAUAUGCUGCCAUGUAAAUUGGAAGAGAGUUCCAUGCUCAAAGAGAACCCUUCUCAUACAAAUGGGAGUUUUCACGACCGGAGGGCGCUACUUGGCUGGUUUAGUCGAGAAGGAGCUGACAAGAAAUGUAUCGCCAGGGGCGAAGUUCCAAUGAUCUCGGUCGAGGGCUUGCAUCAGCUACACAUUUUUAUCUUCGUGAUGGCGAUCGUUCAUCUUUGCUACAGCUGCUUGACCAUGUUUCUGGGCAGGAUAAUGGUCUACUGGUGGAGGCGCUGGGAAGAUGAAGUUCGUGUAGUAAACAAAGGAGCAAUGAAGGCGACUUAUAGCAAGCUACGGCAAAAAACUUUUGUCCAGACGCACGCUAGACAGCCUUGGAGUAGAUUAAAUGCAUUCAACUGGAUCGCAUCGUUCUUGAGGCAUUUACUGUGCAAGCCCGUGACGAGAGCCGAUUACAUGACACUCCGAAGAGGAUUCGUGCGCAAUUAUAACUUGAGGAGGGAGUUUGAUUUCCAUGGAUACAUCACGCGAGUGCUGGAGGACGAUUUUAAAGUCGUGGUGGGGAUCAGCGCCUACCUUUGGGCAUUCGUGAUCAUGUUUCUUCUUAUGAAUGUGCAUGGAUGGCAUACGUACUUUUGGAUGGCCUUUCUACCACUAGUGCUCAUACUCGUGAUUGGCACGAAGCUCCAGUACAUAAUCACCGAGCUCGCCUGCGAGAUAGCGGAGGUGGAGGACAAAGCUGGACGAGAGAGUGAAGAAGUCCCGGCGAUCAAACCCCGGGACGAUUUGUUCUGGUUCAAACGCCCGCGCUUUCUUCUCCACCUCAUUCACUUCACUCUCUUCCAGAAUGCGUUUGAGCUCGCGUUUUUCUUCUGGGUUUGGGCUACGUUCGGGUUUGAUACUUGUUUCAUGGACAGCAUAGCAUUCAUCGUGGUUCGUCUCUUUGUCGGAGCAGCCGUGCAGUUCCUGUGCAGCUACAGCACUCUCCCACUCUACGUUCUCGUCACUCAGAUGGGAUCGCACUAUAGCAAGGCCAUCUUCACGAAACGCAUCAACAAGGGCGUGAGGCACUGGCACCACGGAGCAAGAUCAAACGUUCGGCAGGCGAGGAUCAAACAGGAGGAGCGCUGCUGCGAGGAGGAGCUCAAAGACGAUAACUUGCUGGACGAGAUCAUCAGCCCGGCCCAAGAAGAAGUGAGUGAGACGGUGGUGGUGGCAUCGCCGGUGCAUAGAAUCCUGGAGAUCGAGAUGCAUGGAGCUGACGAUCAAGACUUCGCAGUAGUGCAAGUGGUGGAAGAAACAAGAGUAUAAGAAUAAAGGGCCCCCACCUUUAAGAAACCUUUAAAAUAUCGCCGUUGCCGGGGAUCGAACCCGGGUCAUCCGCGUGACAGGCGGGGAUACUGCCAUUAUACUACAACGACAUUACA